AUUAUUAAUAAUUACGGUAUUUUUCUUAGCAAAUUAAUGUAUACUGUGUGCACUUUAUUUAUGUUCAGCUAACAAGAAAUCGCCGACUCCUCAAAUCGAACAGGAAGAGGACGGUGAGAAUGAGGAGGAAGCAGAAGGAAUCAUAACCGAGGCAGAAAUAAUCAUGAGCGGAGAAGAGGAAGAUGAGGCGGAACAACCAAUAACCAAAAGAAAGCGAAAACGAAAAGGAAGGACGUCGAAACAAAUUAAAGAUGCAAGGAUUGCCGUUGAACACGACAGAGUUUUGGAAGAAAUGGAGGUAGAGGAAGAAAAGGAAAAUGAGAAGGAAGAAAAUGCGACUAAUGGGAUGACGAAGCAGGAGAUAAAAGAAAUUUUUAAGGAAGCAAUGAACGAAACCAUCUCGGAGUUGAAGUCCUAUAUAGACCUGAAGUUUCUGGAGCUGAUUAGUUCGAUGGAUGUGGUGGUACCGGCACCCCAACAGCAACAACUAAGCAGCACAAUGCUUAGCACAAUUGACAACAAUACUGUAAGUGCCCUGUUACGAAACAGUACUUCAUUAUUAAUUUUAAUCGUGUUGAUUAAUGAUUUUCGUUUCUUAGGAACAAUACUAAAUAUUAAUGUUGUCAUUCUAUUGUAUCGAUUUAGUUUGCUAUUUGUUACGUAAAAUACAAUAAUAAAAGUAAUGUGCCUAAUAACAACAAUAAUAUUUAGUAAUAAUAAUAAAUAUUAAUAUUAAUACUACUACUACUACUAAUAAUAAUUAUUAUUAUUAUAAAUUGGGCUUAUUUAUUUGGUAUUAUUGGGCUUAUUUAUUUGGGUAAUAAUAUAAGCAUCAUUAUAUCCCUAACAAAGGACUUAUCGAAGUUGUUGAUGGCAUUGUUUAUGUUGCAGAGAUAAGGCUGGCUAAUAAAAAAUUAUAAAGGGUCUUUAAUGAAAUC